GAGCUAUCUCAUGCUCUCACGGUGAUACAGGAACUGGCAUAGUGUCAAACAAGUCAGACACCUGACGGUCGGUGACCGAUUGUUUCCCGAUUUAAGACAGUGGUCGAAUCUGUUAGAAGAUGGGGGCGUGUAUGGCUUUAUGUUCACUUGCCAGCUGUGCCUCGUGUCUGUGUGGCUCGGCGCCGUGCCUGCUGUGCGGAUGCUGCCCCUCCUCCAACAGCUCCACCAUCACACGGCUGGUCUUCUCCUUUUUCCUACUCCUGGGCACACUCGUCUCCAUCAUCAUGAUCCUGCCUGGCAUGGAGACAGAGCUGCAGAAGAUUCCAGGUUUUUGUCAAGGAGGCACCUCUAUACCGGGUCUAGAGAAUCAGGUCAACUGUGACGUGAUCGUGGGCUAUAAGUCAGUGUACCGGAUGUGCUUUGCCAUGGCUUGCUUUUUCUUCUUCUUCUCUGUGCUCAUGAUCCGGGUGCGCAGCAGCAAAGACCCCCGUGCUGCCUUUCAGAAUGGAUUCUGGUUCUUUAAAUUCCUGAUCCUGAUCGGAAUCACUGUGGGGGCUUUUUUCAUCCCUGAUGGAACCUUCCACAAUGUGUGGUUCUACUUUGGCAUCGUGGGCUCCUUCAUGUUCAUUCUCAUUCAGCUGAUCCUGCUCAUAGACUUCGCUCACUCCUGGAACGAGAUCUGGGUGCGCAAUGCAGAGGAGGGUGGCAAAGGCUGGUAUGCAGGUCUUCUCAUCUUCACUGUGCUCCACUACGCGCUGUCUUUCGCUGCCGUGGUCCUGUUCUAUGUGUACUACACCAAGCCGGACGACUGCACGGAGCACAAAGUCUUCAUCAGCCUCAACCUCAUCUUCAGCAUCGUUGUGUCUGUCAUCUCCAUCCUGCCCAAAGUUCAGGACAGUUCCCCCCAGAGCGGCCUCCUCCAGUCUUCCAUCAUCACCCUCUACACCAUGUACGUCACCUGGUCGGCCAUGACCAACAAUCCAAACCGUGAGUGCAACCCUAGCCUGCUGAGUCUGGUCUCUAAUGUGAGCGCCACUGAGCCCCUCCCCACCAGUGCCCCAGGACAGGUGCAGUGGUGGGACGCGCAGGGCAUCGUGGGACUGGUCAUCUUCCUCUUCUGCACACUCUACGCAAGCAUCCGUUCGUCGAGCAACGCUCAGGUCAAUAAGCUGAUGCAGACGGAGGAGGGACGGGACUCAGGCGGCAAGGGGGAGGUCGGCGAGGACGGCCUGAUGCGUGCUGUGGACAACGAGGAGGAGGCCGUCACCUACAACUACUCCUUCUUCCACUUCCACCUCUGCCUCGCCUCCCUCUACAUCAUGAUGACCCUCACCAACUGGUACAGUCCGGACACGAAGACCCACGUGAUGCAGAGCAGCAUGCCGGCCGUGUGGGUGAAGAUCUGCUCUAGCUGGCUGGGCCUCGGCCUCUACCUGUGGACGCUCAUCGCCCCGCUGAUCCUCCCCGACCGCGACUUCAGCUGAGCAACACACUUACUCACUCUGUUUGUGUUUGUGUGUGUGUGUGUGUGUGGAUGUGGAACUGUGACACCUCCUCUCUUACUCAAUGUUAUAUUAUUAACAGUCUGUGCCCAAAGCCACCAACUUAAGGGAUGUAAAAGGUUUAUUUUUUUGUAUUUUUUUUUCUUCUUACUGGCAGUAAUCCAGGAAAGAUGUGUCAGUAUGAAAUAUGAAGCAUUUCAUCCCCAGUUAUUGGAGUUGGUAUCAUAAGUAUUGUCCCGUUUAUUUUCUACACCUGGAGAAUGUGUAGGCCCCUUGAGAACAUUGAUUGUUUGUAGCAGACUUUUCUGUUAUUAAUUUAUGGUGCACAGGUGCUGAAAAGUUUUUGUUUUACUGGAACAUUAUAAUCUCUUUUUUAUUACCUCUUUCAGAGGUGUUACUGAGCUUGCAAUUACUGUCUUCAUAGAUAACAGGAAGCUUUAGACACUGGUACUACACAAUAGCCACGUUACUACACAAAUAUGCAUUCAACAACUGCUGCUAACUAGACCUAACCAACUACCUGAAGCAUUCUCUCUCUCUCCCUCUCUCUCUCUUUCUCUCUCUCUCUUUGUGUGUGUUUGUACAGAAAUCUCAUCUCUUUUUUUGUCCCAUGCAGCUCAUAGCAUUUCAUGCAUUUCAGUUAGCUCCCUUAUAGUCAGUUGUCCAUUUCAGCACUGUGUUAACUGUGUCAUGAUGGCACAUAGGAAAUCCCCUGGGGUGACCUUUGGGGGUCCCCGCCCCCCGUCCUCACCUCCCCUGGGGUCCCCCUGGGGUUCUGUUUUGUAAGGGGUGUUUUUCACCUCCACUCCGUCCAGUCCCCCAGCGUAGAGCCUCAUGGAGAGCCUGUGUGUGUGUGUGUGUGUGAGAGAGAUAAGGCUGGCAUGACACGCCCUACCCUCUUUCCCCCACGCUGCACUUGGAGGCUUCUCUGAAGGAGAGAAGAGAGGGUGAGCUAGAGAAGGAGAGAGAGAGAGAGAAGAGAGGGUGAUGGAGAGAUAGGAGAGAAAGAACAGAUACAGGGGAAGAUUUAAAGAUAGAGAGAGCACAGUGAAAGGCUGUAGGCUUUCACAGCUGGGGUGUGUGAAUGUGUUUUCGGGGUGGGGGGUUAGUGGUACACCAGCUUGUGCUGCGUGUGUGUGUGUGUACAAGUGAGGAGAGAGAAGCCAAGGCCAAUCUUAAAUCUUGGGAGCUCUACAUUUCAUCUCCUCUAAGUCAAACAUUUCAUCACAUUUCACAUGGAAAGGACACAUGGAAAGUGUGUGUGUGUGUGUGUGUGUGUGUGUGUGUGUGUGUGUGUGUGUGUGUGUGUGUGUGUGUGUGUGUGUGUGUGUGUGUGUCCACACACCAUGCUGGGUGUACAUUUGAGCACUACCAGGGCAGACUAAUUUUGUCUCUGUAUAUAGCAGUGAUGUCAAAGGUGAAUAGGGAAGUGAUUGUACGAAUUUAAAGGCAAUCAGUUUUUAAGGUCUUGAAGUUUAGUGUGAUUGGUGGUUAUAGUAAAUGUUUGUGAUUGAAUGGUUGGUAUGAAAUGAUUGCAUUACAUAACGUUAGUUGUUUUAAUGUUUUGUUUAUGAUUUAAGAUUGAGACAAUGCACUACAAUAUUAAAACAAGGAAUAAGGAAUCAUUCAUAUGUAAUUUUUAUGUCAUUUUUAUCUUUCACAUAAUGAGUCAUGCCAUUUCCCAUUUGAUGCCUUUAUGUUUUAUAUACUAUAUACAUUUCUAAAGGAUGUACAUGAUGUCUUGAUCAUCUUUUAAUAUUGUUUUGCUGGAAAACAAUAUUGGGAAAAUUAGUGAUUUAUUGAUGUUUACACCGUUCAAUUGGACUAUGUUUGGAAAAUAUGAAGGUGCAUUAUAAAAUAACCCAAUUAACAUAGCACCAAUAGCACUGUACUGUGGAGAUGCAAUAGAAGCAUGUCUUGAGUAUUUCGGUUACAUGAAGAAUGUGGUGACAAUGACAAUGUCAUGACUAAACGUCUCAUAAGCAUGUGAGCACUAACCGUCAGCAACAGCAGCAAGUAAAGUUCAGAUUAUUAGAAUGACCGUAAACAGUGUUGUUGAUAUUGCUGCAAGUGCCUUCUUUGAUAAUAAUAAAUCAUGCAUAAAUAAAGAUGACUUCAUCCAAUUCA